AUGACUAAUCCGUCAUCACUACUCACCCUCACGACGUCGCAACCGUCAUCACCAGCGCGGCCAGCGACAACAGAACCAGCCCCAACCAACAAAGUCUAUCCUCCUGCGCCAAUCGCGGAAGCAGUCCAAUGCAUUACUCAUCCCUCAUUUCCGCCCCAGCGUCGGCUUAUUUGCUUCGUUCCACUUUCUCCGCCAUCGUCACCAUCUCAUUUACUCUGCCCCCAUCAUCAUCUGGCAUUCCUAAGGGCUCGGCCUCACAUGCAAGUCACCACGUCGUGCCUACGACUCUCUUAUCGCCAUGGUGCACUAUUCAUUGACGGAAAAAACUUGUUUAAAAUGAGUCAGCUGCCUUCUCCUCUUUUCUCUGUCUGCCUCAAUUUUACAUGCCUCGCCUGUGCCAACUCUAGCCCGUCUCUUAGGCAUCUUGCCUUUCUGUUGGCCUCCCAACCAACGGACGAACGAGGCAGGGCUGUGCAGUUGGAUGGGCCAUUGUUCGCGGAUUGGCCUAUUAGAGAUGGCCUCUUUUGGGAAGCCCGAUUGACUGGAAAAGCUCCUCUCCCGCGACCUCGUCCCUGUCUGUGUUGCCAACGCGUCUGGCAACACGUGCGCUUGGCUGCUUCGACAGAGGCGCCAUUUUUCACUUUGAUGCUGUAUCAGGAACCUGUUCGGUGCCUCGAGCAUGUGACGCCCAUGUGCCUAUUCUAG